UACCGCGGCAUGAUGCCCAUCACCACGUUUUAUGCUCGAACAGUGAUAUCCAGCGGUGAAGGCUCACUUCGGACGAUAUACAUCUAACCUACUCGUGCUGGUCUGAAAGUGGGCCCGGUAACUCGGAAAGUUAACGGUGUUUGAUCUGCCUGCCAAACUAUGACAACUUAGGGACUUGUCACGGGAGCGUGAGCAAUGUCGACGUCUUGCAAACUAAUAUAUGUCGAUUUUACGCCGUAAAUCUUCUAGGACUCGGAGAGAACCCUAGACAUCAUUUUUCUACCAUGUGUUGAAGAACAAGGAUGGCAAUUUUGCAUGCAUGAAGAAAGUGAACAGCUACGUCUAUUGGUGUUCCGACUGCAGGCUUCAUGAUAUAAUUGACAUUUACUAUGAAUAUAGUGGCAAAAUUUCGUUCUCUAUGGUUGAUAUCCUUGCGUUAAGCGAUAGUGAAAAAUUGUCAGAGUACUUCUCAAUUGCAGCACAAAAUAAUCAGAGCGGCAUCGCCAUACGCACAUGGGCAAGUAGAUGCGAAGAUGACCUGGUGUAUGAAAAAGUAAAGCUCCUCACUAGAAUCCCACAUGAGAUCAAAAAACAAUUUUGGAAAC